GCGUCGACGGCGUCCGCGCACCCGACGAGCGCGCGAGCGUGCCCGGCAUUCGCCGGGAACGCGCAGCUCGACGGUCGGCGCUGCGGCAGCGAUUCGAGCGACGGGUCACGCGUCUCGGCAUUUGCCAAGGCGCAAGCGUUCGACCCGGCGAUGGCGCGCGCCACGAGGCGCGUCGUACGGCGAGCAGCGACGCGGCGAGGAAGCGUGGGAAAGUACUCGAGCGCGAGGCGGAGGUGGCGGGGCGGGCCGAGGCGGCGGGAUGGCGAGCGGUGCGGGCACGUGUCGCGACAGUGAGGAGCGCGCGUCGGGGCGAUAGCAGGCGGAGGGCGGGCAACGAUGAGCGCGACCCGGCAUUUGCCGAGGCGACGACGACGAGCAACAGUAGGCCAGGACCCCUACGAAGGGCCCUGGCAAAUGUAGCUACAGUGUGUAGCUACAAACUCAGCACUUUGUAGCCAGCCGUUCUAUGGCAGAUGUAGGAACACGGAGCCCAUACGGGCUGGACUGUGUAGUUACAUAGGUCCUGCCAGUGGUGAA